AUGCACUUCUUACAGUUCCUAGGAAUUAUUAUUUAUUUACAAAUAAUUGAUUGCAAUUUUAUAAAAUCUGGAUAUUAUAAAGAUAAUCCUUGGUACAAGUUUGAAAUGAAGAUGUGGACAUUCCAUAUUGAUAAAAGUGAGCAAAUCGAAGAUGAUUACAUUGAAAUUAAAGUUGAAAAAUCCGAAAGUGUCAAAGGAUUAAGCUUUAAGUAUAACCAAUUUAUUCGUUAUGCUCCAAUUAAUGUUCGACAAGUUUUCCCAAAUUUAAUUGGAUAUGAGGCUUUACGAAACUCUUUAUUGAAAAUUGGAUAUAAUCUCAAAUUCGUUGACUUGAAAUCGAACAUGUGCAUUAAUGAGUCAUUUUUUGCUGAUCGAUAUAUGGAGAUGUGCGCGAAAAUUAGGAACUAUUAUAAUAAUUUAAAUAAUUGA